AUGAGACACAGUCCCCGUUCCCAGGAGUUAGAACCAGAAGUUGGCGUGGCCGAUGAUGCUGGUCUGGAGGAGGAUGCGACACAGUCCCCGUUCCCAGGAGAGUUAGAACCAGUAGUUGACGGGGCCGAUGACGCUGGUCUGGAAGAGGAUGAGGAGGAAUUGCCACCGUCCAUGUUCCUGGAGUUAGAACCAGAAGUUGACAGGGCUGAUGAUGCUGGUCUGAAAGACAAUGAGGAGGAUGUGACACAGUCCGUGUUCCCAGGAGAGUUAGAAUCCCAGGAGUUAGAACCAGCAGUUGACGGGGCUGAUGAUGCUGGUCUGGAAGAGGAUGGGGAGGAAUUGACACAGUCCAUGUUCCUGGAGUUAGAACCAGUAUUUGACGGGGCCGAUGAUGCUGGUCUGGAAGAGGGUGAGGAGGAUGUGACACAGUCCCCGUUUCCAGGAGUUAGAACCAGUAGUUGA